AUGCAUGGACUUCUUGUUGUCCCAACUGGCAGCAGAGUUAUUGCAGGUGAACGACAGAGGCUAAAAGCAGAUUAUAUACGGGCUCUCCUUGAUGAAUACUCAAGUCUCGUCAAGCAUGCUUCGCAGGCUGCAGACACAGUCAGCACUGGCUCUACUGGCUCUAUCAUCAAGGCCUCCACAGGACCAUCUACGAGAAAGCGAUUCUCGCAAGAAACCGCGGGUGGAACGGUCAUUAACGGAGCGCAAAUCAGAAACUCCAUUACAUGGGGUAUGGCUCCAUCAGUAAUGAGAGAAAUACAGGACAUGUCUCAGCAAAAAUGGGUGAUUGAAACUGAGCCCUCACGUGGUUCUGUCAAAUGCAUUCACCUCGAUAGCGCAGAUACACAACAUCACAUCCCCGUCAGUGUUGAGGAUCUGUCAGACAGGUUCACCAGGGCCAUGGGAGUCUCCAAGCCAAUUCCACCAGAUGUCUCAAAUGGACACGGCACCAUGUUCAAGAAAUCACGCCCUCUCUGUCGAGAGAUGCUGAUCAAGAUCACCUUCCAUUGCCUUCCAAGCGGCGAUAUGGAUCUCAAAACCUUGGGCUGUUAUAUGGGUGCACCGAGUGGCUGCCAAGUCAUUGAUCCGAAGAAUUUUAAGCCCUUUCAUGAGUACUGUGAGGGUAUUCUAGAGCACGAUGAUUUGAAGGACUUGAUGAGCGAUGAAUAUCUGCGGGUAACAAGUUGA